UCUAACUGCUGUGACAGGAAAUAACCUUGAUAAUGGAAAGAGCCUGUUCUGCUGUCUUUGUCAGGUUAUGAUGAAGAUGGUGAUGAAGAUGGCUGCUGUCUCCUUCUCUCUGCUCCUGCUCUGCUGCUACGCCUUCUCCUCCACAGAUUCGUGUGACAUGUCCGCUGCGGUGGGCGACACCGUCACCUUGCCUCUGGGCCACAAACUGACUGACUCAGAGUCCUUGAAAUGGACGUUCAACGACAGUGACAUCAUAUUCAAUCGAAAAUCAAAAGAUAAAAUUAUCUUAAAGAAUGAGGAUGUUUAUCAGAACGGAACCCUGAGGCUGAAGAGUGUGAAGAAAAGCAACGAGGGGACUUACAAGCCUGAGGUUAAUGCGGCAAAUGGGCAGAAAGUUGUAAAGGGAUUGAAAACCAUACGUUUAUGUCUACUGGAGCGCGUCCAGAAGCCUUCAGUGACCUUUGAAUGUAAAUCACCCAAUGUCGUAUUCAAGUGCAUGCCCACAAUCUCAAAGCCAGAAAGGAAAUUCGAGUGGCUAAAGGAUGACAAGGUGGUGGCAAACGUUAAAUAUUGGACUAAAAAUGCCAAAGAGGUGCAGUACCACUCCUUCAGGUGCAAUGUCUCAAACAAAGUCAGCUUCAGUAUAAGCGAUGCUUUGACGCAUACCUGCAUAAAGAGCUUUUUCCCUGAGAAAUUUUUAGGACUUAACACCUGGAUCUUCGUGGGCAUUGGAGGAGGUGUUGUCCUGUUGCUGAUCAUCUUGGUUAUUAUUUGCUGCGUCCGCACCAGACGGAAGAAGCGCUUGCGACUGAAGGCCGUGGGGGAGAUGCGUUUGGAUUGGGCCACUGAACGACAGCUUCAACAUCAAAAUGCACAAAACCGCCCCCCUGACCAUCCUCCUCCUCAUCAUCAUCCUCAGCAGCAGCAUCCGGCCGGACACACGGGGCCCCGGCAGCAUCGCUCCAAACGAGACCCCCAGCAGAGGCCCCGAGUCCCCGACGGACAUCCACAACCCAGCCCCCGCAAAGCCGCUCAGGUCCCCAGACCCGCUGAAAAAGUGGAUGAAGAGCAGCCCCCUCCUCUUCCUCAGCCCCGGAAGAAAGGGCCAAGAACACAAAAGAGUGUGUGACAGUGUCUGAGUUUCACUGUAAAUCUCUCCUCUACGGGUUCACCUGCUCUAUCUUUUACGUGUGUUUCUUGAUUGAGGUCUCUCCUCUACGACGCUGUGUUAGGGCCGUUGUAGGGCAUGACAAUAAACAUUAAAAAUGACCUUUUUUCUAAAUUAAAAUGGUAAUUUUACAAGAAAAAAUUGACAAAUUUGCAAGAAAUACAUGGAUAUUCUCUCAGUAAGUUGUGAGACAUUUUUGUGAAAAGAAACGUUGCUAAAAAAUGUAAUCAUCAAGAAACCACAGGUGGCCGUGCAUCAGAGUAAUCAAUAAGACAUGACACACUCUUUUGGUACAUUUGCUACUUUAAUCCGAGAUAAUUUUAGGGUUUUUUUAAUUUAAUUUUUGAGAAUUAUCCUGGUUGUUUUUCAUAAAUGUACCUCUUUUAUCCCAGAGAUCCCUGUUACCUGCCUGUAACUGAUGUUUUACCUAUUGUGCCAGAGAGAAAGUCUUUUGAAAUAUGCCAGAUAAUUUGCGUGCAGUCCUUUAAUACAUAUUUUACAAAAACUGUUGUAUGUAAAUGUGUAUGCAGUUCUUUGUGGCCUUUUCUUUUUGUAUUUCAGUGUAAAUUAAUGAAUCAAACUAAUGUGGACGGCAUAAAUAAACCACAAAGACCAGUGAUAUGUAAACUUCCCUUCACGGGUUAAGAAUACUUGCUAUCAUGCAGGCUUUUAUAACAAUGUAAAUACAUUUCAUCCAACUGUUUAUGUGCAGAAAAGGAACAACAACAUCUUAUUUAUCUAUCAAACCACCGUACCAUGCCAGAAGAAUAUAUUUUAUACUUUGCUUAUGAUGUACAAAUGUGGAUUUGAACUGGAUGCAGUUUAAGGUUUUUGAAUAAACGGUGUCAAUUCUGA